AUGACAGAACCUUCUGAAAAUGAAACGAUAUUCUGUGAAAUCCUUCCAGAACUUUGUAGGAUUUAUGAACAAAGUCGAUUCGCAGAUUCUUUGAAUGUAUUCGUGAAAAAUAUCAGAUUUGGAAACGAUAGAGAGAUUGAGAAGACUUCUAAUGAUGUGGAAAUCAAAAUGGGCGGAGUCAGAUGCUUGGCCGAAUUCCAGAACUGCAAAGCUGUGAAGCAGAAGAAAAUGUCCGCAACUGAUGAAAUGAUGUUUGGAAUAUUUGGACAAGAUUCUCCGCAACUCAAAAAUUCUGAAAUUCCACCAGAAGUUCUUGCUUUAAAUGCUCGACUGAUUCUUCCCAAAGCAUCGGACAAGUACGUUUCUCAAAUCGAAAUUCGCAAUUAUGAAAUUGAACAGAAUCCCACUUUUCAAGAGAUUUUCUCCUGUUCUCCAUCUGAAAUCAAACUGUGUCAAAGAGUGAAAAAAGAGAUUUAUCUUCAUGUAAACUUGAAAAAAGAGCAACAAACUACAAGAAGUAGUCUAUUCGAGGCAAUUCUUAACAUGUUGGAGGAGUUGAAAUUCAAGAAAGAAAUUAAGAAUAUUCAUCAGUUUUGCAUUCCAUUCGUCCAUUUUGGAAAAGUUCGAAUUUCUGUAAAAAUCGAUGAGGACACUGAAAAUGUGAAGGUCGAAGUCUUCAAUCUUUUCGGUUCGUUGUUUGGAUUUAUGGAUUUUUUGGAUGACGGAAAAAUCAACGACGAUUUGUUUUUAACGGAUGAAAUGCUGAAUUCGAGGGUUGAAGCUUUGGAAGAUUUGGAUUCUGAGGAUUCCAUAGAAGAAAAAGAGAAACCAAAUCCCACAGAGUCUUUUGAUAUUCUCAUAUCAAUCCUACAAAACCAAAUGAAUCUUCUGAAGAUGUCACCAGAUGACGUGGCAUCCACACCACUACCGUAUCUGGGAAUCGAUUCAUUGAGACUUGCUGAGCUGGAAUAUCACAUUUCAAAUCAUCCGGAAUUCACGAAUUUGAAUUUGAAUGCUCCAUUCCUAGUGUCUUACAAGACACUUGCUCAGAUCACACUGUUUUUGGAUAAGAUGAAAGAAGAUAAGAAGAUAAGAACUAAUCAGAAUCCACCUGUCAUUGUUCAGCAUUCAGAAUCUGUUCAUAACAAAUUCGAGAUCCCAUUAUCCUCUCAACAAAAACGAAUUUUGUUCGUUCGAGAGCUCGAAAAGGAUUUGUUAGCAUCUUCCUCAAAUUUAACUUCCCAAUUUGAUGAAUCGGUUUUACUUCACUUCUCACAUCUUCCACAUAAGCGAACCACCAACGUUAUCAAUCAUCUGAUAAUCACAAAUUCAAUUCUGAGAACCCAAUAUUCAGAAGAUUAUCAGUAUCUGUUAUCAGGGACUGAGUGCUUUAUUGCUAUCCGAAUGAAGGAUGAAACUUUUAUUCUAGAUCCCAUUCUACCCAUUCGAUGUAUUCUGAAAUCCAAACAAAUUCUGCAAAUCAUCUUCAACCACAUCUCAAUCGAUGGUCGAUCCCUUCUCGUUUUCUAUCGGAAAUUCAAAGAUAUGAUAAUCAAUUUUCCGAAGAUCCAAUGCGCAGCACCCGCACUGCAGCACUACGAUUAUUGUAGAUCUGAGAAGGAUGCUUCCAAAGAAUCCUUGGAUUACUGGACCAAUUAUCUAAAGCCAUUUGGAACUUUGGAACUUGAGAAGAUACCUCAUGACUUCUCGGAGUAUUCUGAAAUUCUAACGGCUUCUUAUCUGCAUCAACCGUUUCCAAAAGGUAUCCAGAAGAAGUUUGAUACUUUUUGCCUACAGAAAUCACUUUCUCGUUUUGAACUAUUCAUGGGAGUUCUCGAAAUUUCCGCUCGUCGAGUUUUUGGAAUAUCCGAUCCCUUUGCUAUGGGAUUCGCAGUUGACCAAAGAACAUUUCCAUUCUUCGAAACGAUUGGAUGCUUUACAAAUGUAUUGUUUUAUCUAUCUGGAAUGGAUAACAACUUGGAGAAUUGUCAGAAGACGUUGAGAGAAUCAAGAAGGCACCAGGACUUUCCUUAUGAAUCGAUUGUGAAGUUAACUGGAAUCGAUGGAGAUUUAUUUAACAUUUUUGUGGUUAACGAUGUGGUGGAAAUCGAUUCAAUCUCGAAAAAAUUCUCCAAAGCCAGUAGGAGAGUCAGAUUUGAAGAUGAAACAAUCCACGUGGAUAUCAUUCAGGAUUCCACAGAUUCCAAAGAGAAGAAAGUGGCAAAAUAUUCAAUGACCUGGUAUUUAAGGCUAUUCGGAGAUGACCGUUUGCAUGUGGAAGUUGAAUAUGCUGACAAUCUCUUUAGAAGAGAAACAAUUGAAACAGUCACAGAUGAAAUGUUCCGGAUAAUAAACGGACUACUAGCAGACAAUGAGCGAAUUCCGGUAAAGAAUGUUCCGCGUCGCAGUGAUUUUCCCACUUCUACAGUAUCCCAAAUCAUCAGUGGAGAAGCAUCAACGGUUCGAUAUCGUCAGAAAGAUGUCAAAAUCUACCCCAAUAAACUAUCUUCUAACCUGUUCAAACUUCAAAUCCAGCGAUAUUGUCAACUGAUCGCCGAAUGUCCGAUAGUCAUUCAUAUGCCAAGAGGCCCAGAUUUGAUACAAGCCGUUUUGGGAGCAUGGAGUGCUGGAUUCUAUUCAGCUCCGUUACACAGAGAUGCAACAGAAGAACAAAUUCAGAAGACGUGUCAAGGAUUGGGAUUCAAACAUCCUAUCGUUUUGAGGAAUUUGAAUGAUUUCAAAACAUCAAAUCUGAGAAUUUUCAAUCGCUCUUCUUCAUACGAUCUUGCCUACGUAACCUCCACUUCUGGAAGUACUGGAAAACCAAAACUUGUUGGGACAUCUUUCCAAGGACAUUCGAAUCUAGCCCGUCAGUAUACCACAUCUUUUCAAAUCUCAUCAAGUGACACAAUCGGACAAGUCGUCGAUCCUUCAUUUGAUAUUUUCUUUGCUGAUAUCGUCAAAACAUUUACAAAUGGAGCACGCCUUCUAUUGGCUCGAGAUUCGAUUGCGACGUCUUCUGAGCUCUUGAGCUGCACCAAUGUAUAUCUGAUGCCAGCGUUCCUAUCAAGACUACCAGAUAUGGAGUGCUUGAAACAUCUUGAAACACUUCAAUAUGGAGGGGAACCAUUAGCGCCUCUAGUUUUGGAGAGACUCCCGAAAACUUUAAACGUAUGGCAAGAAUUCGGUCUAACAGAGCAAACAGUGUAUUCUGCGAGAAGAAGAAUCCUCCCGUCGAAAUUGAAGGAUCCAGAUGGAUUGAGAAAGAUUGGAGAGUGUUACGAUAAUAUUUAUGUGGAAGUCAGAAGCUUCGGAGGUUCAGAUGACAUGUGCAAACGAGGACAGUUGAUUCUAAAAGGGAUUGGUCUGAUGAGAGGAUACUUUGAGGUUACAAGACAUUCAUUAGACGAAUUCCCAACCGGAGAUGAGGUUCGAAAGUUGAAAAAUGGAGAAAUUGUAUUCAUUGGAAGAAAAGAUUCUCAAGUGAAAGUACGAGGACAUCGUAUUGAUUUGUUUGAGGUGAGUGAGAUUGAAUGCGUUGCCCUUUCAUCAAAUCUUCUUGAAUAUUGCACUUGCAUUGUAUCAAAUUCCAAUCAGUUGGCAUUGUUUUAUAAAUUCAAGUCUGCUGAAAGCAUCAACGACUCGUCAGAGAAUCUUCAAAAAUUUUUGGAGGAGAAGUUGAUUUCUUACAAAGUUCCACAGCUAUUGAUCCAUUUGGAACAGUUUCCGUUGACACGAACUGGAAAAGUUGAUAGAAAGCAACUGCUACAAUAUUUGAAAAGUCAUGAAAAUUCAAAUUCGAAUGAAGAGAGAAUCGAAGAAUAUUCUGGAAGCAAACAUGUCGACGAAGCUGAAAAACUUUCUUCAUUGUUAUUGAAAUGGCUUCAACACUACUCAAAAUCCGAAAUCGACUCUCUAGAUUCCAAUAUAUUCACCUGUGGGGUUGAUUCGAUUUCGGUUAUGUUGACUAUGCAAAAGUUGAGAACUGAAGGAUUUGAGGUUCCUGUAAAAAUGUUUUUCAAGUCGAAAUCAGUCCGGAAGAUUGUGGAAUGGGUUUUGGCUUCUUCGAAUUCGACUACGGUAGAAGCUCAAAAAGAAGUUCCAAAGCCACGGUAUCAACAAGAACAUCUGAAUCACUUCAUCGAUUUGAAUCAUAUUCAGCAACGAAUUCUAUUCUCGUCUAGAAUGACGUCUUCUGACCCAUUCCUUCUGGAGUUUUCUAUUGAUAUUCCACCCAGAACUUCCGAAGACCUACUUUGCCAAGCUGUCAAUUUUAUCGUCAUGAGAAACCAAAUGCUUCGUAGCAAACUUUCUAGAAUUCAAGGAGAAUAUCGAUUUAUUCUAUUUUCUGGAACUGAAGGUUUUCAAAGUGUUGGAACCCUCCAAAAUUCUGUGUCCAGUGGUGAUCCAUUUGUGCUAAACAUUUGGGUGGAUAAACAGAAAUUUUUCAUUUCCAUACACCACAUAAUUUUCGACAGACGGAGCCUUGAAAUAUUAGAAGAACAAUUGGCCCAGUUUCUUUGUGGAGGAAGCGAAAAUAUAAAAUUUGAAAACAAUUUUUCUACGCCUGUCGUUUCCAAUGGUUCUAUUUCAGCGUCUUCUUUCUCUGAAUUGAAAUCCUGGACACCAAUUUACACAAAGUUUCAAAUGGGAUCCAAAAGUUCCAAAUUGAGGUUCUCAGUGGCGCCAAUCAAGAGAGAUCAUGACACACCAGCCACAUUUUCUCUAGCGUUUGCUUACGGAAAGACUAUAUCGAACGUUUUUGGAAUCACCUCAUCCUUUCCAAUUGCCACAACUUUUGCGAAUCGAACCCAAGAAAAUUGGAAUACGGUAUCCAUGUUUGCCAAUACCCUUCCUUUAGUGUUUGAUACAAAUCAAAGCUCGGAAGAAUUUGUAGAGAGACUUUACCUGCUGACGGAGAACUCCAAUAUUGCAUUGAUGGAAGCUGUUGGAUCCACAGGACACUUUGCUGAUUUUGCUCUAAACUAUCAUAAGAAUCUCGGAGGAAACCAGAAAGACAUCUUCUGUCAGUUUCCGGUGCUCCUAACGUAUUCUGAAUCUGAAGGGAUGGCUGAACUAGAAUACGAUGGGAAAUGGAUUUCCGAGGAGAAAGCUGAACAAUUGAGAAUUGGAAUUCAAAAUUGUUUUGGACCUCCUGCGCCUCAUACAGAAGAAGAAACAAAGUUGGAUUACUUACAAGCUUUUGAGAAGUUUCUCAAUACAAACUUUAAAACUCCGAAAGCGUUGGAAAAAGCUGUAAGAGCAUUCCAGAAAAAGGAUGAGACACUGGAAAGCACCUCAGAAACAACACCGCAUCCUCAACCAUCUGAUCCGUUCGAAUCCUUCAAAUUCCCUCUCUCACGACAACAAAAUCAAAUGUUCUACUUAUCUCAACUAACAGAAGAUUCACUGGAAUACCAGCUUCCUUUCAUUCAACCAUUCCCAGCUACAGUAUGCCCUUCGGAAAUCCAUCGAUCUCUUCUGAUGACGAUUCAAGAACAGAACAUAUUCAGAACCGUUUUCAAAAUGGAUUCUGAAACUGGAGAGCCUUAUCAAGAAGUCGUUUCAAUGACAGAAGCAUUUUUAAGAUGUCACAUUGAGAAUGUUAGAAGAGAAGAGAAACUUCAUGAUAGAAUCCGAGAGCUCUGUGAAGAACCCAUUGAUGUUUUGAGUGGACUACCACUUCUAAAAGCUAGCUUCGUGACGUCUUCUGAAAAACACGUGGCAUUUUUACACCUCCACCACUUGAUUAGUGACGCUAGAUCCACUCAAAUAACGAAUUCGACCAUGAAGUCUUUUUUCGAGGAGUCCCAAAGGAGCCCGAUUCGUUUUAACUACACAUACUUGGAUUACUGUAGAUUGGAACAGAAGGAAAUUAGUAACUGCGAUGGAGAAUACUUAGAAACAUUGGUGGCAGGAUUGGGAGGCUUGAAAAUUGGAAACAGAAAUGAUCCUGAAAAAAUUUUUGUGGAUGUUCCAAAACCCCUCGUCACACAACGACUGGCUUCGGGGGACUCCCCAUUUUCAGUUUUUCUCAGAAUCGUAUCAUCAGUCCUUCUCAAGUGUUUUCCAACUUCAUCCCAGUUCAAUAUUGCUUUUCCCGCAUUGAAUCGAAACGAGAAAACUUCAAAUCUUUGUGGAUACUUCCUCAACAAUUUGCUAAUUAACUCAUCCCAUCUCUCCACUCUUCCAGAUGUCCUCAACGCUAAUUUACCGUAUUCCGAUGUGAUCCGACAAGUUCGAAAGGUAUCCAGAAAAGACGAAUCAGUUGCUAACCUCUACAUAAACUGUCGAUAUGAUUUGGAAUACGAUGAGUCGGACGAUGAAGUGCUAUUGGACUUGGUACCAUUGAAAUUGCAUUUCCCGAUUGAAAUCGAUGUGGAUCUUUUGGCAAAUGAGGCGUAUCGGAUCACUUUGAGAUCGGAUAGAUUGAAGAAAAAAGAAAUGAUGGAAAUAUUGAAAAUGGUGACGAAAGAGCUGGAAGUGUCUGAAAGUAAAUUGGAUCAAAAUCGCGAGAAAACGAUAUAUGGCCUCAAAAAAGAUACUCUUAAUUUUUCGAUUCCUGUUCUAUAUGAAAAGUUUCUAGCUUCUAAUGUGACUUCUAAAUUUGCGGUGAGCUCGAGCGAAGAAUUAUCCUACCGUCAACUACACCAAAUUGUUCUUCGGAUGUCCCAAAAACUUUCUCGAGAGUUUCUAAUUCAUCGAGGUACCAUGAUUCGAUCCGACGAUGUUAUCGCAGUAGUUGGAUCCAAAUCAAUACAAACCACAGUGAGAUGUCUAGCUGUUCAAUUUGCUGGAGCUGCUUACUUGCCAAUUGAUAAAAGUUAUCCAGAAGAAAGACGAAAUGAGAUUUUAAAAGAUUCCUUAUUUGUUUUUGAAGAGUCUGGUGACAUCGAGGAUAUAGGAUCUACAAAAUCAUCUCGUCACUUCCCCAUAUCCACGGCAUACUGUCUUUCCUAUGUCAUCACAACUUCUGGAACUACCGGACGUCCGAAAUCAGUAGCCAUCGGUGCAGAUUCUCUAGCUAAUUUGUGUCUCUCCUCCACUAUAUCCAUGAGAGUUUCUAAUUCCAGUCGCAUUUUUCAAUUUACUAACUUUGUAUUCGACAAUUCUGUUCUAGAAGUUUCGAUGGCCCUCGCUUCGCAAGCUACUCUGAUUUAUGGAUCCUCUAAUUUCGAUCCAUCAGAAUUCGAAAAGUCCAUAGAAGAUCCAGGAAUCACUCACUGUCUCCUAUUUCCCAGUUUGGUCCAGUCGAUUGAAAUUUCAAGAAUCAAAAGUCUUCCGUAUUGGAUUGUCGGAGGAGAACGUCUUCCACAGACGCUACUCGAUUCUGCGCUAGACAUGGGAAUCCGAGUAAUCCAAAACUAUGGGCCAACCGAAACGACAGCAUUUGCAAUUUCAAAACAAAUGAAAAAGGGAGAUCUCGGAUGUCAAAUUGGUCAUCCGGCAAUUAAUUCAAAAGUGAGGAUUUCAAAAUUCGAUGAAAGUGGAAAUGGAGAGAUUUUGAUAUCUGGAAGGGGGAGGAUGAGAGGAUAUUUCAAUAGAGAAAUGAUGACUUCUGAAUGGUAUUCCAGUGGAGACAUUUGUAGAAUAUCGAAGACUUCCGAAAUUGAGUUUAUUGGAAGAACAGAUUCUCAGGUUGUCAAAGUUCGAGGAUACCGUGUAGAGCUCUCUGAAAUCGAAAAGAUCAUUGAAUCUCAUCCAGAUGUCAAAAUCUGCAAAGCCAUUUUCGAACCAGGGACUCAACAAAUUCAUGUUUUUUAUAAAACUUUAGAUAUCAGCUCAGAAACAAUCCGAAGUAAUUGUGAACGUCUUCUCGAGCCCCAAAAGAUACCUUCUACAUUCAAUGAAGUUGGAGAAUUUCCGUUGACAGGAAAUUCAAAAAUAGAUAAAGUAAAGUUAAUGGAAAUUGUUAAAAGUGGGUUAAACUUUGAGCAACUCUUGGAAUAUUUCAAAUUUUCAGACCCAAAGAUUUCUCAAAAACAAAAAACCGAUUCUCUAGAAUCUGAACUUUCUGCUAUAUGGAUUUCUCUUUUAAACUGCCCAAAACCAUCUGAAUCUGAUAAUUUCUUCCUGAUUGGUGGUCACUCUCUCCUUUUGAUUCGUCUACGCCAUUUGAUGCAAACCAAACUUAAUAUUCAAAUUUCUGUUCCAGAUGUUUUGGAAAACUUGAAGUUUGGAGAUAUGAUAACUCUUUUGAAAAAGAAGAAAGGACUUUCUCAAAAUCAAAAAACGCUAGUAUUCUUCCCAGCGCUUUAUGGUGGAUGCACGACAUAUCUGAAGAUGAUUCAAAUACUGAAAACUGAUUUCCUCGAUGUUCUAUUACUAGACGAGGAAUCUGGAGAGACGGUGGACGAAGUCGCUGAACGGUACAAAAAUCAGAUUUGGGCGAAAACGAGAAAUAGUUCACCAUCUUCUCUUAUUUUCAUUGGAGCUUCUUCAGCCGGAACUUUAGCAUUCGCCACAUCCCAAAAGUUCCGAGAAAACGUAACAGUAGUAUUAUUGGAUUCAGGAACAUUCUGGAAUUUAAUUGAACAUUUGGAUUACUCGAAGAAUGAAACGGAAAUGACCGAAAAUCUGAAAAACUACCAAGUAGACAUUCAGACUGCUCGUUCAAUGGCAAUUGAGUCUUGGAAAAUUCUCCAAAUCUUGAAGAAUUAUAAGCCAGAAAUCAGCAUCAAGAAAAUCCAUAUUUUAUCUGUAGAUGGAAGUGAUUUGGGAUGGAGCAAGUACUCGAGGAAUCUCAAAACUCACAAGAUCAAUGGAGAUCACUAUUCAAUGCUUCAGGAUUCGAAACAUGUGUUGGACGUUGUGAAGAUUGUACAAGGCAUAAUUGAAAAUUAA